ACUAUAAACGUGGGUGGAAAGAAGGGGGAGAAGGAGAAGAGGGAAAGACCAGAGCGAGGACAGUUCGGUGGUGUCGCCUCGCCUCGCCUCGCCACGCCUCUUGGAGGCUGCUUCCAGCUCUUCCUUCUCGAUCCGAUCUCAUCAGCCUCGUCUCCAUCUCUACCAUCGAGGCGCGAUCCGCCCUUUUUCCUCCCGCAGGGCACCUCCGAUUCGAGCGGCGAUGGCCAAGAACAGUCCCCCGAAGCACCGCCACGAUGGGACCUCCCCGCUGCCCCUCGGUAUGGACUGGAGCCCUCCCCCGAAACGUUGGGAUGGAAGAAAUACUAUCUGGCCACAUGACCCUCAAACUGGUUGGAGUUACUGUGUUAUGAUUCCUUCUUGGAUCGUUCAGACAGAACCUGGAGGAACCCAUGAAAGCUUCUUGAAUCCUAUUGUUUUUUACAGGAUUCAUGUGGGUAUACAAUCUCCAGAAGGCAUCAGCACCAGCCAUGGACUACUACGAAGAUUCAGUGACUUCUUGAAGUUAUAUUCUGCUCUUAAGAAGACAUUUCCUAGAAGAGAUAUUCCUGCAGCCCCACCAAAGCAUGCAUUUUUGAGAAUAAAUGCCAGCCGGAUGCUUCUAGAAGAGAGAAGGCGUGCUCUGGAAGAAUGGAUGGGAAAGUUACUCUCUGACAUAGAGUUCUCUAGAAGUGCACUAGUGGCAGGUUUUCUUGAGCUAGAAGUUGCUGCAAGAUCAGCAUUUCAGUAUGUGAAUAAUCAUCCUACAGAACCAAGUUCAACAGAUUCUACUGCUGCGCCCUCUUUAAUUCCUGCUAGACCUAGUUCAAGUGCUUCUGUUGCUGAUUGUUCAAAAAUUCCAUCGAAGUCUCAUACAGUUGCGGCAAAGUCUCCCUCCAUGCCAUCAGAUAUCUGUAGUGACAAUGCAGAUGAAACAUCAGACCUUGAAACUCCAAGAAAAGGAAAGAUUCGAGAAUUUAAUACUAGCACUGAAGAUCUGACAUUUCAUGAUGUUAAUAAUGGCAUUUUAGGUGAAUCAUUUCUGGAUCAACCCGAAGAUUUCAUUAAAACUAAGUUAAACCAAAGAAGGGGGUACCUUGUUUCCGAGAGAGAUAUGACUGGUGGAAGCACUUUCAGAGACAGAGUAGAGUCCAUAUCAUCAGAUCAUGACCAUGAUAAACUCUAUGGUCAUGCUCGAAGGCUCUCUUCUGAAAGCAUUGGGAGUGAUAUAAGUUCUAUAAGAGGCAGUGAAUUAUCAUUCACUGGUGCCACCAAUUCACUUUGGGACGGUUCCCUCGAUGUACCUGUUGGUGCUGAAAUUUCAAAUGCCAUGGAUGCUUUUGCUGGCUUGGGGACACAAUCUCUUGAUAAUGCACAAAUUGUCCUUCCAAUUGAUCAAAGGCAUAAAUUGAAUAGAGUUCUCCUCACUAUGCAACGAAGGUUAGGAACAGCAAAAACUGAUAUGGAGGAUCUUAUAGCACGAUUGAAUCAAGAAAUGGCUGUGAAAGAAUAUCUGACGACAAAGGUCAAGGAUUUAGAGGUUGAACUGGAAGCCACUGAACAGAAAGGUAAAGAAAAUUUGCAACAAGCUGUCUUUAUUGAAAGAGAAAGAGUGACCCAAAUGCAAUGGGAUAUGGAUGAACUACGUAGGAAGUGUUCAGAGAUGGAAUCAAAACUCAAGCUUGAACAAAAUGAAAAAAGUCGUGCAGAAUUGGAGAAGAUGACUGCUAGUGAUGAAAAAAAAUUGUUGCUGCAGGAGCUAGGUAGUAAACAGGAAGAAUUACUGAACAUGCGAAAGCACCUAGAAGAACAAGAAUCGAAAUCAAAAGCUGAUAUCAAAGUCCUCGUCAAGGAAGUGAAGUUCCUUAGGAAAUCUCAAGCAGAGCUCAAGGAAUUGAUGAAUCAAACUUUAAAAGAGAAGUCAGAGUUAGAGGGAUUUCUUCAUAAAGAAAAGCAAAAAUGGUCAAAUGCAAAAUCAGCAAGCAAAAAUCUUCUUCAUGAAUGCAGAGUCCUUCGUGAUCGGUUGCAAGAAUGCAGUGUUAAUUUUCUUGCAGACGAGGAAGACAAGUUCACUAUUAGCCCUUCGUCACUCUCUGAUGCUUUAGAUCUCCUGGCAACUUCAGAUAAUCGGAUAGGUCUCCUCCUUGCUGAGGCUCAACUACUUGCAAGGAACGAUGAAGAGGCUUGCAUUGAUGAUGAUGAUGCUCAAACUAGUGAAUUUUCUGGUUCUGGGAUUGCGUCAAAUGGCGAUAACCCAAUGAGAGCAGACGACAACGACGACGAGAUGAGAAAUAUACUUACUGAUAUGUUCAUAGACAAUGCGAGAUUAAGGAAACAGGUAAAUUCAGUUAUUCGAUGUGCCUUGAAUACGGUUAUAAAACCAGAGAGAGAAGAAAGCAAUGAAGUUUCCUCCAGAAAGACUGUUCUCAACCGAUUUUUGGAGAGAUGAGUGAACAUAGUGUCGAUGCUCUAAUUAACGCCUCAUCCACGUUCGGUGCACUGUAUAUUUUGACCACAUGAUGUAUUUAUUUGAGGGGAAGUGUAGUUUUCUACAUGGUGAAGAUAUGAGCUGCUUUGUAUUCACGAUUUCAUCCAUGGUAUAAUAAGUUGAUGAGUGAAAUGUGUUACGAGAGAGAGAGAGAGAGAGAGGGGGGGUACGUGUACAUCGCAGAAGGCCGGUUGGACUCCUUUUAUGUUCCAUAAAAUUUUGAAUAAGGAAAAUCAAUGGAUGCAAGUGAUCUUUGAAUUCCAUUGCGAAUGCAAUGUUGUAUAUUUUAUAAAGAAUUUGAGUAAUUUUUUUAUUAAUUUAUU